AUAAGACUCUGACUGUCCUGCUGCCUGUAGUGUUCCUCCACAAUGGCCAAAGCUAGCAUUUUUAUAUUCCUCGCUUCAACACUCGUCUUCUGUCAGGCUGCUCCUGUGGAUGUACAUGGUGGUUCAGACUCCCAUUGUCCGCUGACAGUGAAGAUCCUAGAUGCAGUGAAAGGUGUCCCUGCUGGAAAUGUGGCACUCAAGGUUUCCCGCCAAGGCUCGGACGGGACAUGGGAAAAGAUUGCUAGUGGCACAACAGAUUUAGCUGGAGAGGUUCAUAACCUUAUCACAGACCAGGACUUCACACCUGGUGUUUACCGCGUGGAGUUCGACACUAAAAGCUACUGGAAGGCAGAGGGCCGCACACCCUUUCAUGAGGUGGCUGACGUGGUGUUUGCCGCUCACACAGAAGGACAUCGCCACUACACUCUGGCCUUGUUACUGAGCCCCUUCUCCUACACCACAACAGCUGUAGUGGUCAAAGCACACGACUGAAGCUGCAAAAAAAACACAUAUCACAUCACAAUACUACAGAGCGUAAUGCAGUGAACAAACCGGCAACGCAGUGAAUAGACUGGCAAACAAAGAUCUGUAACCAGGAUGCCGCUUCUGAAACUGGUGUUACAGCAAAAGUGGACCCUCGAAAAAGGAGUAACAAAGACAUAGAAGAAAGGAUCCUCCCAAUUUUCUGCUCCAGUUCAUCAAUCAGACGCUUCAGAUGGUCUACAUACAUAGCUCAAGAUUCAAAUUAAAACUUCUGAAAAUAA